CCGAAGAAGAAGAAGAAGAAGAAGAAGAAGAAGAGAGAAAGCUGAGCAGAGUCCGUCACUCGAGAAGCUCUGUGAAGCUUCGAUCAUCUCUCUCUCUCUCUCUCUCUCUCUCUCUCUCUCUCUCUCUGCAUCGCCGUCUGCUGACAUCUUCCAUCGAGCUUGAAGGGGUAAGGAGUGCAUCUAGGAACAUGAGUAAUAGCGUGAGCCAAAACUUGCUUCAGCUGAGCUUGCUUCGUCCCGUAGUCUUAGAGCAUCAAAGCAAACUAAAUUCUUCCUCAAUCCCCACCAAUACUUUAUUUCAAUCCACGGGGUCGAAGACUGCCAACAAUAGGAAGUCGCAACUGUCCUCGAAGUUCCUCGGGAAGAGCCUGAGUGUGAGGAGAGGGAAGCAAAGUAUGGGACUGGGACGUGGUGGCGCAGACAUUACGCGUGCUGUCUUGACUUCUGAUCCUACUUCCCCGCUCUUGGGGAAAUUCAACCUUGAUGGAAAUAUUGAGCUGAAGGUUGCUGUCAGUGCUCCAACUUCAGGAGCAACUACACAAGUAGAAAUUCAAGUUACAAAUAGUAGUGAAUCUUUAGUUUUACACUGGGGUGGACUUCGCGACAGAAUAGAAAAAUGGGUGUUACCUUCACGCCGUCCACAUGGCACCAAAGUUUAUAAGAAUAAAGCCUUGAGAACUCCAUUUGUCAAAUCUGGUUCCGAUUCCUUCCUCAAAAUUGAGAUUGAUGAUCCCACUAUACAAGCCUUGGAGUUUCUCAUACUUGAUGAAGCCCAGAAUAAAUGGUUCAAAAACAAUGGUGCAAACUUUCAUGUAAAGUUGCCUUCGAGAGAGAAGUCGGAAACAAGCGUAUCAGUUCCUGAAGAGUUGGAAACAAGUGUAUCAGUUCCUGAAGAGUCGAAAACAAGUAUAUCAGUUCCUGAAGAUCUGGUACAAAUCCAAGCAUAUCUUAGAUGGGAAAGAAAGGGGAAACAAAUGUACACUCCAGAGCAAGAAAAGGAGGAAUAUGAAGCAGCACGAAUGGAGCUGUUGGAAGAGAUUGCAAGGGGGACUUCUAUCAAGGAUCUCCGAACAAAACUUGCAAAGAAAAAUGAUGGCGGUGAAACUAUGGAGCCAAGCCGCUCAGAAACUAAAAACAAGAUUCCUGAUGAUCUUGUCCAGAUACAAGCUUAUGUUCGUUGGGAAAAAGCAGGAAAACCUAAUUAUUCUCCAGAACAACAAUUGAGGGAAUUUGAGGAAGCAAGGAAAGAAUUGCAAGUUGAACUUCAAAAGGGUUCGACCAUUGAUGAAAUCAGGAAAAAGAUUGCCAAAGGGGGGAUAGAAACUAAGGUUGUAAAGCAGCUGGAGAGUAGAAAAAGUUUCAGAAUUGAGAGAAUUCAGCGGAAGAAAACAGACGUUAUGCAGCUACUAAACAAACAUCGAGCUAAAUCUGCAGAAGAAAAGGUGCUUGUUGAAGCUGAACCAAAAGCCCUGACAGCUUUGGAGCUUUUCGCUAAGGCAAUGGAGGAACAUGAAGGAAUUGUUGUUAACAGCAAGAAGCUUUACAAGCUUGGUGAUAAAGAGCUUCUGGUACUUCUAUCAAAGCCUCCUGGUAAGAUGAAGGUUUAUCUCGCUACAGACUUCAAUGAGCCACUGACCCUUCACUGGGCUUUGUCGAGAACAAAUGCUGGAGAGUGGGCGGAACCUCCUCCAAGUGUGCUGCCGCCAGGAACAGUUUCUCAGACUGGAGCCUCUGAAACUCCAUUUUCUUGUGUGACUUCUGAUGAUCCUUCUUACAAGGUCCAGUGUUUGGAAAUAGAGCUUGAAGAGGACAGGUUCAUUGGCAUGCCAUUUGUAUUUCGUUCUGAUGGAAAGUGGAUAAAAAAUAAAGGUUCAGAUUUUUAUGUUGACUUCAGUGCUGGAUCUAAGCAAGCCCAGAAGGAUAUCUUCUCAUCCAAGGCUGCUGGUGAUGGCAGAGGUACUGCCAAAAGUUUGCUUGAUAAAAUUGCAGCAAUGGAGGGUGAGGCGCAGAAGUCCUUUAUGCAUAGAUUUAAUAUUGCAGCUGAUUUGAUGGAUCAAGCCAAAAAUGCUGGUGAAGUGGGUCUUGCUGGAAUUUUGGUGUGGAUGAGGUUUAUGGCUACAAGACAGCUCAUUUGGAACAAAAACUAUAAUGUAAAGCCUCGUGAAAUCAGCAAAGCUCAGGAUAGACUUACGGACAUGCUCCAGAAUGUAUAUAUAAAUCAUCCAGAGUAUCGAGAACUUCUUCGGAUGAUUAUGUCUACUGUUGGUCGUGGAGGUGAAGGGGAUGUUGGACAGAGAAUCCGUGACGAAAUUUUGGUUAUCCAGAGGCACAAUGACUGCAAGGGUGGAAUGAUGGAGGAAUGGCAUCAGAAGUUGCAUAAUAACACGAGUCCAGAUGAUGUCGUAAUCUGUCAGGCCCUAAUAGACUACGUAAAGAGUGACUUUGACGUUAGUGUAUACUGGAAAACUUUGAGUGAAAAUGGAAUAACCAAAGAACGCCUUCUUAGUUAUGAUCGUGCAAUCCAUUCUGAACCAAAUUUCAGAAGAGAUCAGAAAGGAGGUCUUCUGCGUGACCUGGGAAACUACAUGAGAACUCUGAAGGCUGUUCAUUCAGGUGCAGAUCUUGAGUCUGCCAUCUCAAAUUGUAUGGGUUACAGAGCUGAGGGACAAGGUUUUAUGGUUGGUGUGCACAUAAAUCCAGUACCAGGCCUGCCAUCCCGAUUCCCUGAAUUGCUUCAAUUCAUUAUGGGUCAUAUUGAAGAUAAAAAUGUGGAGGCCCUCCUUGAGGGUCUACUGGAGGCGCGUCAGGAACUUCGACCAUUGCUAUUGAAAUCUCAGGCUCGCUUGAAAGACCUUUUGUUUUUGGAUAUUGCCCUGGAUUCUACUGUUAGGACAGCGAUUGAGAGGGGUUAUGAGGAACUGAACAAUGCUGGCCCAGAGAAAAUUAUGUACUUUAUCACUCUGGUUCUCGAGAACCUUGUACUGUCAUCAGAUGACAAUGCGGACCUCGUCUACUGCUGGAAGGGAUGGAAUCAUGCCAUGGAGAUGUGCAAGAAUAGAAGUGCUCACUGGGCAUUGUACGCGAAGUCAGCCCUAGACAGAACUCGUCUUUCGCUUUCGCACAAGGCAGAAUGGUACCAGCAAGUUUUGCAGCCAUCUGCAGAACAUCUUGGGUCAUUGCUUGGAGUUGACCAGUGGGCUGUGAACAUAUUCACCGAGGAAAUCAUCCGUGCUGGAUCGGCUGCAUCGUUGUCCUCCCUCCUAAAUAGACUAGAUCCGGUUCUUCGGAAGACUGCAAAUCUUGGAAGUUGGCAAGUUAUCAGCCCAGUGGAAGUUGUAGGAUACGUUACUGUUGUCAAUGAGCUGCUUGCUGUUCAGGAUAAAUCUUAUGACCGACCAACUAUCUUGGUAGCAAAAAGUGUGAAGGGAGAGGAAGAAAUUCCUGAUGGUACAGUUGCUGUUGUCACUCCUGACAUGCCAGAUGUCCUGUCUCAUGUUUCUGUGCGAGCAAGAAAUAGCAAGGUAUGCUUUGCAACCUGUUUUGAUCCAAACAUUCUGGAUGAUCUCCAAAGAAAUGAAGGGAAAUUGUUGCGUCUGAAGCCAUCAUCUGCCGGGGUACAAUACAGUGAGGUGAAAGAAGGUGAGCUGGAAAGUGCAAGUUCUGUCCAGGCAAAGGAGGAUGGAGUCUCAUCCUUAAGUCUAGUAAAAAAGCAGUUUAGUGGGAGAUAUGCUAUUUCAUCUGAUGAGUUCACGAAUGACUUGGUUGGAGCUAAGUCACGUAACAUAUCCUAUCUGAAAAGAAAGGUCCCAUCUUGGAUUGGAAUUCCUACAUCAGUAGCCAUACCUUUCGGCGCAUUUGAGGAGGUUCUUUCAGAUAGUAUUAAUAAGGUGAUUGCUGGUAAGCUGCAAAGCCUAAAGAGAAGACUUGGAAAAGGGGAUUUCAGUGCCCUCAAAGAGAUACGAACAACAGUUUUAGAGCUUCAAGCACCAAAGCAAUUGGUGGAAGAACUGAAGUCUGAGAUGAAACGUUCCCAAAUGCCUUGGCCUGGUGAUGAAGGCGAACAGAGAUGGCAGCAAGCAUGGACGGCUAUAAAGAAGGUGUGGGCUUCGAAGUGGAAUGAGAGAGCCUACUUCAGCACCAGGAAAAUCAAAGUCGACCAUGAAUACCUUUGCAUGGCUGUUUUGGUACAGGAGAUAAUAAAUGCUGAUUAUGCAUUUGUUAUCCAUACCACGAAUCCAUCUUCUGGGGACUCGUCAGAGAUUUAUACUGAGGUUGUUAAGGGACUUGGUGAAACUCUAGUUGGAGCAUAUCCCGGGCGUGCCUUGAGCUUUGUCUGCAAGAAGAGUGAUAUCAACUCCCCGCAGGUUUUGGGUUACCCGAGCAAACCCAUUGGCCUCUUUAUUAGACCAUCCAUUAUCUUCCGAUCCGAUUCAAAUGGUGAAGAUCUGGAAGGUUAUGCCGGUGCAGGCCUCUAUGAUAGUGUACCGAUGGAUGAAGAGGAAGAGAUCGUGCUCGAUUACACAUCAGACAAAUUGAUGGUUGACGAGAACUUCCAGAAGUCAAUACUCUCGAGUAUUGCCCAAGCAGGAAAGGAGAUCGAGGACUUAUACGGCUCUCCUCAGGACAUCGAGGGAGUCGUUAAGGAGGGGAAGAUAUAUGUCGUCCAGACUAGGCCCCAGAUGUGAUCCCGCCCACGGUACAUUAUUAAGUUUCCGCUUGGUGGAGGUUAGUAAGAGGAGACAGCAAUAUAGAAGCAAAUUUAAGAUAUAUACAGAGAAUAAAUAUAAGAAAAUACGAAAGAGAGCCAAAGAAAGAAGGGGAAUAGGAUAUCAAUAACAUGAACUGGCCAAAGAAAAGUUUACUCUUCCUAUAUAUAUGUAUGAAUGUGUAAUUUCGAUGUCAGCAUCGGCAUCUAAUCUAGUAUCCAUUCUGUAUUCCUCAUGUCAAAUGUUCAUUUGCUUGUUUGUUGCC